ACCGUUCGCACCUGUGCCGCCGUGACCCAAAAUGACCGCCGAAACUUACGGACACCGACUCAUUUACGAGAAAGACAUGUUCGCGUCUGACGUGAUGUUGGAGUACUCCACUGAGGAGUGCUACUUGUCCUGGCCGAGGUCACCUGACUCGGGCAGGUCCAGCCUUGAGCCGACACCUUCCAUUGACGGCAGUAUCAACCAGGAUUCAUCACACAUCGCCUACAGAGGAUUGUCGCGAGAUGUUAUGGAAGACAGUGCUGAAGAUAAUGAAGUUCUGGAGUCGGGGAAGAGGCGUGGACGAGCUACUAGUGCUGCAGUGUUGAGGAGGAGACGUCUAGCAGCCAAUGCUAGGGAAAGGAGGAGGAUGCAGAACUUGAAUAAGGCCUUCGACAGGCUCCGAGGCCAUCUCCCGUCGCUGGGCGCUGACCGUCAGCUCUCCAAGUACGAGACGCUUCAAAUGGCACAAACCUACAUCUCCGCACUAUAUGAACUGCUGCAGUAAGUUGCACCACACAUAGCCGCUAUUUGCCAAAUUAGAAUUAACUACAGGGAUAUUUAUUUAUUAAGUUUAAGUACCGUAAUACUCGUUACCACUUUGUUGAAUGUUUAAUUCGCUUCAAGUUUUCCGAUUUCGAAAUUUUUACUUUGGAAGUGUCGAGUUUCUGUAUCGGUUUACGUUUAAAACUUACGCUUAUUAUAUUUUUAAGUAGUAUUAAAGUUAUAGACGGUGUUUACAUUGAAACAGAGUAACUUAGCAGUGUAAAAGUUUAACUUAGUGUUCAUCAAAUCUAAUAUUUGAAUGUGAAAAAUCUAUGUAACUUUUAGCCCUCUUUAGUCAACAUUCAGGUCUUAAAUAAAUCAAUGUAAAUUAGUCUAGUUUUAGUUGUAAGCACAUCUCAACAGUGUAAUCCGUCCUGCCGACUUAGACUUAGGUAUUAACUUAGGAACUAGAUUUUCAUCUUUUGCCUGAACCAGUAUUAUUAUAAUUCACUCUGAGUGUACAUUUUAGUGUUAAUUAUUGAAGUGACAAAAUUAAUAAGUUGUUUAUAUUAAUUUUAAGUUUGUGAAAGUAUCUAGGGGGUG